AUGGGGAGCGGCGCUGCGGAGAGGGGCCAGACUCACAGGCGGCCAGUGCUCCUUCCCUUCCUACUGUCUUUGUUCUGCCAGGCGCUCUCUGAGCAGAUCCGCUACAGGAUUCCCGAAGAAAUGCCCAUGGGUUCGGUAGUGGGGAACCUCGCCAAGGACCUAGGGUUCCGUGUCCUGGAGUUACCGACUCGAAAACUGCGUAUCAGUUCAGAGAAGUCUUACUUCACUGUGAGCUCAGAGACAGGGGAACUGCUUGUGAGCGGCAGGCUAGACAGGGAGCAGAUAUGCGGGAGGCAGCCAGUUUGUGCUCUGGAUUUUGAGGCUGUUGCUGAAAAUCCACUGAACUUUUACCACGUGAGCGUGGAGAUUGAGGACAUUAAUGACCACGCGCCAAAAUUUGCGCAUGUUUUCUUUGAUCUGCAAAUAAGUGAGUCUGCUCAGCCAGGCACACGAUUUAUAUUAGGAUCGGCCCACGAUGCAGACAUAGGUACCAAUGCACUACAGAAUUACCAACUUAGUCCCAAUGAAUAUUUCUCACUCUUGAGUAAAGAGAAAUCAGAUGGCAGUAAAUACCCGGAGAUGGUAUUGAAGACACCUUUAGACCGGGAAAAGCAGAAAUCCUACCGCUUGACAUUGACUGCUUUGGACCUGGGGGAGCCACCUCUCAGCAGCACUGCACAGAUACAAGUCCUAGUGACUGAUGCCAAUGAUAACCCUCCAGUGUUCAGCCAAGAGAUAUAUAGGGUGAGCCUCCCAGAAAACGUACGUCCAGGAACCACUGUGCUUCAGGUGACUGCUACCGACCAGGAUGAAGGUGUCAAUGCCGAAAUCACUUUCUCUUUCAGCGAAGCUGGCCUGAGACCUGAGUUUGACCUGAAUUCUAAUACUGGAGAGAUUAUUAUUCUAAAUACAUUAGAUUUUGAAGAGAUCAAAGAGUAUUCUUUUGUUUUGGAAGCAAAGGAUGGUGGAGGAAUGAUUGCACAAUGUACAGUGGAGAUAGAAGUCCUAGAUGAAAAUGACAAUGUCCCAGAAGUGAUAUUCCAAUCGCUACCCAACCUAAUUAUGGAGGACUCUGAGCUAGGUACACUCGUUGCUUUGCUGAAAAUCCGUGACAAGGAUUCUGGUCACAAUGGAGAAGUUAUUUGUAAAUUAGAAGGUGAUACUCCAUUUAAAAUACUCACUUCGUCAAGAAAUACAUAUAAGUUAGUGACGGAAAGGGUUCUAGACCGCGAGAAGAACCCAGAGUACAACGUAACCAUCACAGCCACUGACCGGGGUAAGCCGCCUCUCUCUUCCAGCUCAAGUAUCACCCUGCACAUUGGUGAUGUAAACGACAACGCUCCAGUUUUCCAACAGACCUCCUAUGUAGUCUACAUAGCAGAAAACAACCCUCCUGGAGCCUCCAUCGCUCAAGUCAGCGCCUCCGACCCAGAUCUGGGGCCCAACGGCCAAGUCUCCUACUCCAUCGCGGCCAGCGACCUGGAGCCUCGGGCAUUGUUAUCCUACGUGUCUGUGAGCGAACAGAGCGGCGUGGUGUUCGCACAGCGAGCCUUCGACCACGAGCAGCUGCGUUCUUUUGAGCUGAUUCUGCAGGCUCGUGACCAUGGUUCGCCCGCGCUCAGCGCCAACGUGAGCCUGCGCGUGUUGGUAGGCGACCGCAACGACAACGCGCCGCGGGUGCUCUACCCCGCGCUGGCGCCCGAUGGCUCAGCGCUCUUCGACACUGUGCCGCGCGCCUCGGAGCCCGGCUACCUGGUCACCAAGGUGGUGGCGGUGGACGCUGACUCUGGACACAAUGCCUGGUUGUCCUACCACGUGCUGCAGGCCAGCGACCCCGGACUCUUCAGCCUGGGGCUACGCACUGGCGAGGUGCGCACUGCUCGCGCCUUGGGCGAAAGGGACUCAGCCCGCCAGCGCCUGGUGGUCGCUGUGCGUGAUGGUGGCCAGCCGCCUCUUUCGGCCACCGCCACGCUGCAUCUGGUCUUCGCGGACAGCCUGCAGGAGGUACUGCCAGACCUCAGUGACCGCCCUGUACCCCCUGACCCCCAGGCGGAGCUACAGUUCUACCUGGUGGUGGCCUUGGCCUUGAUCUCAGUGCUCUUCCUCCUGGCAGUGAUUUUGGCUAUUGCCCUGCGCCUGAGGCACUCCUCCAGCCAUGAGGCUUGGGGCUGCUUUCAACCUGGAAUGUGCACCAAGUCUGGGCCUGUGGUUCAGCCCAACUACAGUGAGGGAACUCUGCCUUAUUCCUAUAAUCUCUGCGUUGCACAUAUGGGAAAAACAGAGUUUAAUUUCCUACAAAGUAGUGAUCCACUGAGUUCAGGACAAGAUAUACUCUGCAGUGAGUCACCAGGAACUUUGUUUUCACUUUGUAAUUCCAGUGAGUCAACCUCCCAUCAGGUAAACAAGACACAUAUGCCCCGGGAAUAUUCUGAAAGGAUCCUGUAG